CGACUUUUGUUGGUAAAAGAGGUUAGCAGCUACUGUUCAGGUUGCCAUUUGGGAGUUUUGCCAACUGUCCGAGAGUUUCUAUGGUUUUGAUAGCAUUUAGUGAGUUUUUCCACAAACAUUCUGCCGCAAACGAGAGUUGGAGAAGCUGUCUGUGCAACGGAAGUUACAGCAACAGCGCGCAGGCAGAGAAGCACAAGGGGAGGGGUGUGCGGCGUGGGAGAAGGGACGGAAAACGCUACGUCGGGGACUGCAGCUGUGCCACAGCAAGGCAGAUUGGUGCUGUGACGUCGUCGCGUCAACUGAAAAACGUAAAAACAACUGCUGGCUGUCACGCGGUCCGGUAGACAGCGGUGAGAGAGGGCUUGAACAGAGGCACCAUGAUGGUGAUACCGUGGUUACUUCUCCUUGAGAUGGGUUUAUACGCCAGUUCUUUCGUGUGUGGGAUAGUCGCGGCAUCUUCUCUCACUAUCGUACAGGGUAGUUUCGGGGGGCUCUGUAUGCUGUAUGGAACAGUGACCCACAACUCAUCAUCAGACUCCAUAUUGGUCCAGACCUCCAGUUCUCCUUCUCUCUGUUACUUUGUCUCUGCUAUCUCAGUCUGUGUAGCAGUGUUCUGUUUCUCUAUAUCCCUGUACUGGAUAUAUACAUGCUGCCUGGAUGGAGGAGUUAACAGAGAGCGUGUAUGGCUGAACAUGACCCUGGUGGUGUGUGGAGUCUUUCUCUUCUUCCUCCUGGUGACGGGCUGUGUGUUGAAGGUCGGAAGAGACUCUCUGUGUGACUCUGUCCUACACGCUGUCCCCAACGUCACCAGAUGUGAACAGGCUCAGUCUAGGACCUGGAUCAGUCCUUACACAGGAACUCAGUUCUACACUGGACUGUACAACGCAGGGACAGCAGUGUGGGUGAACUUCUUUUUCUGGAUUCUGAUUGGCAUACUGGUGGUGAUCCAGAGAGGUCAAGGGUCAGAUUCCAGAAGGAUGACGCCCUCUGAGACCGAACGUCUUUUCCCAGGCCAGGCCCAGCAGCAGUGACUCAUAACCGUCUCGCUGUACGACCUGUUGACGCUCACACACAAACACACAUAUCUAUCACUCCUCACUGUCUGACCUGCAAGAGAAUGAAUGAACCUUACCGUGUGUGUGUGUGUGUGUGUGUGUGUGUGUGUGUGUGUGUGUGUGUGUGUGUGUGUGUGUGUGUGUGUGUGUGUGUGUGUGUGUGUGUGUGUGUGUGUGUGUGUGUGUGUGUGUGUGUGUGUGUGUGUGAGGCUGUGUAGGUUUCUCUCAGUUGUUCUUCUUCUACUGUUCCUGGGCUCGGUGUGUAUGUGGACCUCUGAGUACUGCAGCCUAGUGAAGCAGAGAUGUUCUACACUGGAAUACAGUAUAUUACAUAGUGUCACUGUAGGGGUUCACCUUGUUUUGAAACUGUUUUACUGAGAACAAUUCAUUUACCUUUGUUAAGCUCUUAUACGUUUCUCUGUGGUUCCUCCAUCCGCAGUCCUUUCAUUCUUCCUGUAUUCAGGGAGAGAGGUGUGUGACUGGCUAACAGGGACAUCCAAUUGUCUCAGAUAAUAUCUCUCCGUGUGUGUCCACUCAGGACCACAGACAAACCAAGUCAGUCGGCAUUGUCACACUGUCCUACGCAAACACACACUGAGAUUCCUUCCUGGCUACUCAGAAGCUAAGCAACCAUUUUGUUACUUCAUUCCCUUUCUGCCUGCAAUUAUUUGUACUUUUUUUUAUUUUUAUGAAUAUUGAAAAGCAUAAAUGUGUAUUUUGAUUUGAAUGAGGUGUUUGUUUUUUUACAGAAGUUUCUUAAACAGUUAUCGACCAAUAACAGUAGGUGUGAGCAGAGCAUCUUGACCAAUAAAGAUGCAUUGGUUUGUCAGA